CUCACAUGUUGUGGACUCCACUUUGAAGCCCCAUUUCUUAAGGUUGGUUCUGUAUCUCGUGGUGCCAGAUCCCAGUCUGUUCAGUGCCUUCCAAGUUUUCUGUGUGCCCAGGAGGGAGUUUCUCAUCUGGCCUCAGCCACUGAUUGAGGUUGCGGGUUUUAGCCUGCCACUUUUGGACUCUCGCUUGCUGAGGUGUUCCUGCGAGUAUCUCUGUAGAUCUUAGAGAACUAUUUCUUGAUUUAAGGCAUUGUGUGCUGGCUGAUAUCUAAACAGGGGAUGGGCUAGAGAUGUCAACGCCUUGGUCCUUUCAUUGCUGGCUGCUUCUUUCCGUUGGAUGUCAGGUGGUGCAAUGCUGGCAAAUCAGUAUAAUUUCUCCAGUGGUGUGGGGCGUAGAAAUCCUGUGACAAUGCAGCAUGUCUCAUUAAGAGCCACAUCCUCUAUUUUAAUGUGAUGAGAUGUAUUCCACACUAGACAUGCGUAUUCAGCAGCAGAGUAGCCAAGCACAAGAGCAGAUGUCUUCACUUGUUUAAUUGUGAUCCCCAGGUUGUGCCAGUCAGCUUUCGUAUGAUAUUAUUUCUAGCGCUGACUUUUUGCUUGAUAGUCAAGCAGUGCUUCUCGUAAGUCAAAGUACGGUCCAGGAUUACUCCCAAGUAUUUUGGUGUGUUGUAAUGCUCCAGUGGGACUUCUUCCCAGGGAAUCCUCAGAGCUUGAGGUUCAGUUUCCACAGGGUUUGGAUUCUUGAGUUCAGAUGAUCCAAUCCAUGAGGCGACUGAACUUCUGUAAUAGAGGUGAAUUUUAAAAAGCGUUUCUUUGUUGUUGUUUUAUCAGGAAUGACAAUUUAAAAAAGUUUCUUUCUGAACAAACUGGCUUUUUUUGAUGAAAAUAAGACAGAUGGCAAAAAGAGGUUUCAGACUGGACAAGAUUAAUGGCCAGGUAUAUAAAUGAUUAGCUUGGCUACCUGGCGUUGCCUGGGUUAUUUGCAAAAGUCGAUUUUUAAUUGUACAAAAUGCCUAAGGUUGUGGGUGAACUACAACUUACAUUAUGCCAGGUGAACCCCGAAAACUCCAUCAAUACCUAAAAUGUGUUAUGUUGGGCAAGUUUCCUCGAGAUGCAUCAUCGGUGAGGUUCAGUGUGCUCUCUGGCUGUAGGAUAAGCUACAAUUCCCACUAUGGUGUGUCAGUCCCCUCAAACCCCCUCCAGUAGGUUGAGUUAGUCAUGGGGGUUCUGUGUACGAAGUUUGGUCCAGUUCUAUCAUCGGCGGAGGUCACCCUUUCUCUGGUUGUGGGUGAACUACAACUCCCAGAAAGGAAGAUCAGUUCCCCCCAAACCCUGCUGUACUCACAGACCAAUGUUAUAUCUUCCACAGGAGCCUUUUCUUUGUAGUAAAAUAAUAGAGUAGCACUAUUUACAACCACAAGGUUUCUAUACCACAAAUAAGCAAACAUAUACAGUAGAGUCUCACUUAUCCAACACUCGCUUAUCCAAUGUUCUGGAUUAUCCAAUGCAUUUUUGUAGUCAAUGUUUUCAAUACAUCGUGAUAUUUUGGUGCUAAAUUCAUAAAUACAGUAAUCACUACAUAGCAUUACUGCGUAUUGAACUACUAUUUUCUACCAAAUUUGUUGUCUAACAUGAUGUUUUGGUGCUUCAUUUGUAAAAUCAUAACCUAAUUUGAUGUUUAAUAGGCUUUUCCUUAAUGCCUCCUUAUUAUCCAACAUAUUCGCUUUUCCAACAUUCUGCCGGCCCAUUUAUGUUGGAUAAGUGAGACUCUACUGUAGUACCUUUAAACGCAGCGGCCUUCACACACGGGAGCUUUAAACACAAGGCUUCUCUCAGACUGAGGUUUACCUCACACUGACGGAGGAGUUCCCUCACUGAGGCAAAAUACCUCUAACAGGCUUUGGCCUACUCACUCUUUCAGUGCUUGAUUCACACUUUUGUAAUCAAAAAUACCCAGUUAAUAUUUAAUAUUUGUGACAAGGACCUCAGUUUGGGAACUGCUGCUUUAAGUUAUCCGAACCCUCUCCUGUUCCUGGGGAAAUGCCUCGAAAGCAGCAUCUCCCCGUGUCUUAUGGAGGGGGCUUUUGCUCUGUGGCUUCCAAAGAGUUAAAGCAAAGAAGUGGAUUCCUAGAGGGGAAGUCAGUGGCCAAUGUUAAGCCUCCUGCAGGCGAGGUCCCUCCUCUUCUGGCCAUGUGGGAAUCUUCCUGGAGGAGGAGGAGUGAGUGGGUGAGCCUUGCAGGGCUUGUGGAGGAGGAGAGAGUGUGCCUUCCCAAGAGGGAGAUGGCUCUUCUGCCCAGGCUGGAGCCUGGCUGCAAGGACACAGGGCAGGUGGGAAAGCAAGAAGCCUCAGACCCUGAGCCAAGCACGGACCCUCCUGCCUUUCCUGCUGGGAAUGGAGGGCAGUUCUGGGAAGGAGGCCUUGUGGGGAAGGGGCCGCGGGGAGACAGCCCACCUUCAGAGGCAGCGCCAAGCCAGAGCUUCAGGCAGUUCACCUACAAGGAGACUUUGGGGCCCCGAGAGGUUUGCAGCCGCCUCCACUCUCUCUGCCGCCUGUGGCUGAAGCCUGAGGAACAUACAAAAGCGGAGAUGCUGGACCUGGUGCUCCUGGAGCAGUUCCUGGCCGUCCUUCCUGCGGAGAUGGAGCUCUGGGUGAGGGAAUGUGGGGCAGAGACCAGUUCCCAGGCCGUGGCUUUGGCUGAAGGAUUCCUCCUGAGUCGGGCAGAAGAGGAGACGGAGAAGGAGCAACAGGCGGCGGACUUGUGUGCAGAAGUGGCCAUUGCAUUAGAAAGGCCUCCCUCCACCUGCAGCCAGAUGCUGGAUUGCGCAGGACAAAGGGAACCUCCCAGAUCCACAAGAGGGGAAUCAGAACCAACACAUACUGGCUUACCAUUUCCUUUUGAUGUACUCAGCACGAAUUCUGUGACACCACAUCAGGUGACUUUCCAAGAAGUGGCUGUGUCUUUCAGUGAGGAGGAGUGGGCCCUGCUGGAUCCGGACCAAAGGGCCUUGCAUCAACAAGUCAUGAAGGAAAAUGUGGAGACUGUGUCCUCUCUAACAACUCAAAGAGAAGGGGAAUCAGCUCAAUACUGGGAUUGUGGAGAGAAGGAGGACCCGGGCCUCUCUGGUCAGCAAGCAACGUACACUAAGAGGAAGCCCUUUAUGUGCUUGGAGUGCGGGAAAUGUUUAAGUCAUAAGAAAAGUAUUGCUCGUCAUCAAGCAACUCACACCGGAGAGAAAAAGUUCAAAUGCGGGGAGUGUGGAAAGGGCUUCAUUCAGAAGGCGAGCCUCACUUCUCAUCAAACUAUUCAUACUGGGGAAAAGCCAUUUAAAUGCUUGGAGUGUGGAAAGAGUUUCACUCAGAAGAUAGGCCUGACUCGUCAUUUAGCAAUUCAUACUGGGGAGAAGCCAUAUACAUGCUUGGAGUGUGGAAAGGGCUUCAUUCACAAGGUAAGCCUCACCUAUCAUCAAGCUACUCAUACUGGGGAGAAGCCAUUUAAAUGCUUGGAGUGUGGGAAGAGCUUCAUUCAGAAGAUAAACCUGACUCGUCAUGAAACAAUCCAUACUGGGGAGAAGCCAUACGCAUGCUUGGAGUGUGGAAAGAGUUUCACUCAGAAGACAGGCCUCACCGAUCAUCAAGCUACUCAUACUGGGGAGAAGCCAUUUAAAUGCCUGGAGUGCGGAAAGCGUUUCACUCAGAAGAGAAGGCUUAUCUAUCAUCAAGCAAUUCAUACUGGGGAGAAGCCAUUUAAAUGUUUGGAGUGUGGAAAGUCUUUUAUUCAGAAGGGAAAUCUCACUUCUCACCAAAGAAUUCACUCAGGAGAGAAACCCUUUAAAUGCUUGGAGUGCGGAAAGAGCUUCCGUGUAAAGGGAUGCUUUGCUUCUCACCAGACCAUUCACACAGGGAAAAAACCCUUUCAAUGCUUGGAGUGUGGGAGAUCUUUUACAGACAAACAAGGUCUAAUUGCUCAUCAAGCAACACAUUCUGGGCAAAAGCCAUUCAAAUGCUUGGAUUGUGGAAAGGGCUUCGCACGGAAGUCAAAUCUCACCCAACAUCAAAGAAUCCACACUGGGGAAAAACCAUUUAAAUGCUUGGAGUGCGGAAAGAGCUUCAGCCAGAAGGCAUGCUUUGCCUCUCACCAGAGCAUUCACACAGGGAAGAAACCCUUUCAGUGCUUGGAAUGCGAAAGCUCUUUUACAGAAAAACGAGGUCUAAUUGCUCAUCAAGCAACACAUUCUGGAGAAAAGCCAUUCAAAUGCUUGGAUUGUGGAAAGGACUUUGCUCGGAAGAUAAUCCUCAAAGAACAUAAAAGAAUCCACUCUGGCGAAAAGCCAUUCAAAUGCUUGGAUUGUGGGAAGGGCUUCACAUGGAAGGCAAGCCUCAGAGAACACCAAACAAUCCACUCUGGAGAAAAACCGUUUAAAUGCUUGGAGUGCAAAAGCUCUUUUACAGAGAAAAGAUGUCUAGUUGCUCAUCAAGCAACACACUCUGGGGAAAAGCCAUUCAAAUGCUUGGAUUGUGGGAAGGGCUUUGCAUGGAAGGCAGGCCUCACACAGCAUCAAAAAAUCCACUCUGGGGAUAAACCGUUUCAGUGUUUGGAGUGUGGAAGAUGUUUCAGACUGAAGCAAACCCUACAUCUUCAUCAAGUGACACACACGGGGGCAAGAACCCUUCAAAUGUCCGGAGUGCGGAAAGAGCUUUUGCCAGAAGAAACACCUCCCUUAUUUUAAGAUGUCCGCUGUGGGUUAAGUGGAUAGCUAGGACCUGCUAACUUUUCUAUAUUGUUAUGUUCUUUGAAUAAAGUCUUUGUAAGCUUGAA